AUGACGUCCAACGGUCUCACAAACGGCUCCUCUGCCGAACCAACCAGCCGCUUCGAUCCCAACUUCACCAGUCAUGUUAUCAAGACCAUGGGCCCCAACGUGACACCCAGAAAUCGCCAGGUCCUCAGCAGCUUGAUCAGACACCUGCACGACUUUGCGCGAGAGGUCGAGCUGACCAAUGACGAGUGGAUGGCUGGCGUUCACUUUGUCAACUUUAUCGGACAGACGUCCACCAAGACGAGAAACGAGGCGCACCGGGUUUCCGACAUUCUUGGUCUUGAAUCGUAUGUUUGUUUCUCUCUCUGCCUCUCUGCCUCUCUCCCUCUCUCCCUCUCGCCGUCAGAAAAGAAAAGAAAAAACACAGCUGACUCCCCAAACAAUGACAGCCUCGUCGAUGAAAUCGCCAACAAAAUCAUCGCCGAAGGCGACAUCGACCCGACUUCAUCCUCCAUCCUCGGGCCCUUUUGGUCUCCCGAUGCGCCAUUCCGCGACAACGGCAGCACCAUCAUCCAGAAUCCCAACCCCAACGGCCGCGUGUGCAAAAUGCACGGCACCAUCACCAACCUCCUCACCGGCAAGCCCAUCCCCGGCGCCGUCUUCGACAUCUGGCAGGCCAGCGCCAACGGCAAAUACGACUUCCAGGACCCGGAGAACCAGACCCCCAACAACCUGCGUGGCAAGUUCAGAGCCGACGAGAACGGCAAGUACUGGUUCUACUGCUACCAUCCUACCGCGUACUCGUUGCCUACCGACGGCCCGGCUUACCAGCUUCUUACCUUGAUGGACCGUCAUCCCAUGCGUCCUGCACACAUUCACAUCAUGGUGACCCAUCCCGAGUUCAAGGGCUGCACCACGCAGCUGUAUCCCAAAGACGAUCCCUGGCUAGAGACCGAUACCGUCUUUGCCGUCAAGGACGAUCUUGUUGUCGACUUUAAGCCAUUGAAGGGCGAUGACAAGGCUACUCUAGAGCUCGAGUAUAACGUCGUCCUGUCGCCCAAGGGCUACAAGGGCAAGACUUUCUAG